AGUUGCGGUUGGUCCAUAUGUCUACUACUGACACUGCAUCGAUGGUGGGCCCGGCAGAGCCCACAGAAGAGUCGAGUCCGCCUCCUACUAAGCGGGUUAGAGUGUCAAAUGAGGAAGCCCCAGAGAAGCAGACCAUGGUCGAUGAAGACGACGCUGUGGCCCCGACGAGGCCAUCGUCCCCGACAGUUGCUGAUCUGCCGAUCAAAUUCGGUUCGACGCUGCCUGAUGGGACUUCGGUAUAUAUGGAGGCCGGAGAGGGAUGGUGGAUGUGUGUGGUCCCGGGGAAAGAUCAGUGGACGUUCAAUCCCGGGCUGGGUUCUUAUUUUAACGCACAAACUCAAGUGCUGACUACGGAAUCUGUAGAAUUAGCCAAUUCAAAUGAAGCUGCCGAGAUGCCCUCGUCUGAGGAUGGAGGAGCCCUGAAGGGCCGAAUUAAAUUUUACUCCCCACAGCGCCAUUUUGGGUAUAUCACCGUUGUUGGAUCGCCUGAGGGAGCAGAGGAAAAUGAGGAGGAUGAAGACACUUCAGCCAGCCAGGACGACCUCUACUUCAACCGACGUGAUUUACUCGAUGCCAAUGAGAUAGAGAAGUUGGAUACAGGGAUGCCAGUGACCUUCGAUAUAGCCGAGGAUAAUGGUCAGUUCAGCGCAGUGAAUGUUAAGGUUCGUACGGAGGAGCCCACGGGGGAGUCUCCCACCACGACUGGGGAUGUGAGUAUGACAGCUGGAAGCAGUGAUGAGGCGGCUAAGGAGGGGGAGAAGGAGGAAGAGGAUGAUGAGGAGGAGGAUAUUGAGAUUGACGUAUGGCAGAACAUUCGAGGGCACUAUGGUCAACGGCCGAACCCCCAGAAAGGUGUAGCCCUCUGUGAGGACCGGUAUCUGGAGAAGAAGCGCCUGCCAGUAGCCUCACUCCUCCCUGAGGGAGCUGAUGAGACCUACGCGUGCGGCAUCAUUGGUGGGGUCCUCGAUGGUCACGGAGGGCAAUGCUGUGUGGAUUACGUAUCGCAGCAUUUAUUCCGGAAUAUCGCGGCUCAGCUGCAGAACACUCCGCGACAGCGGAAGGAGGGUGGGCCGGGGGAAAUGAAGAAAUUGGAGAAGUUCGUGAGGAAAGGAUUCGAAGUGACUGAGCAUAACUUCACGAGCAGCUUUGGCAAGAAACGGAAAGACACCAGUGGAUGCACUGCAUGUGUUGUGGUGUUCUAUGGACCUAACCUCGAGGGGGAGCUGAGCUUGAUGACGGCGCACUUGGGGGACACUCGGGCGGUCCUGUGUCGUGGUGGGAAGGCAGUGCAGCUGACACAGGAUCAUAAACCGGAUAAUGAUGAGGAGCGAAAGCGAAUUGAAGCACUACCAAAAGGAGUAUGGCGCGUGGUGAAGCAGGAUCUGCGAGGCCUUCAAGGACUGGCAGUAUCCCGGGCAUUCGGUGACUACCAAAUGAAGGAACCCCAAGCGUACGUUAGUGCGGAACCUGAGAUCGUCACUACACCCAUAGACUUCGACCAGGAUGAGUUCGUUGUGGUGGCGACGGACGGCAUCUGGGAUAAAAUAGACAAUGAAGAGGUGAUAAGCUACUUGAGGAAGUACAGGGCGUUGGGCAAACUGGACGAAGGUAUCAAUGACCUUAUGGAGAUCGCGGAAAAGCGUGGUAGCGAGGAUGACAAGACAUUACUGGUGUUCUCAAUGGACUGGCGACCGUCUCCAGAGCCCCCAGAGGAGGGCUCGGACGUGGACACCGAGGAGGAGAUGGAGCUGCCUCCGAUGACCCAGGAUGCUAUACCGGCGAUGACCCCGGAUGAUGAUGUUACACCGGACGAUGAUUCGCUGCCUAUGGAGACACCCUCCAAUGCUGGAGUACUUGCCGAUAUCGAUGAUAUAGAUGAUAUGUUCGCCUAA